CGUUGUUAUGCGACUGUGCUAAAAAAUAAUAAUCUAAGGUCGUGGGUUAUAUUGUUAUAUAUAAGUUGAUUAAACUGUGAUAAGAAUACCGGCCAUCGGGUUUUCAGACUUGAAAAAGAAGUAUUACAGUAUGAGUAUUACACAUUACACAAGCACCCAUUCAGUUUAUGAGUUCACUACUUUAAACUUUAGUGUUUACAAAUCACGAUUAAUGUCACAUUCAUAAUUCAUUGUUCCUAUAUUUAAUUUAUUUUAACACAAUUGAGCCGCUUUGUUUAAAUUUGAAAAAUAUUUUCUACAAAAAUGAUUAGAAUUAUUAAAGUAACUAAUCAAAUCUGGAGAAAUGCAAAUCAUGCUCAAAGGUUAUCGGCGAGUGUCUUGCAUUUUUCUACUUCUCAAGUUAAAGAUCGUUAUUAUACUGACAAACAUGAAUGGAUUGAUGUGAAAGAUAAUAUUGGUACUAUAGGAAUUUCAGAUUAUGCUCAAGAUGCUUUAGGUGAUGUAGUUUAUGCUGAGCUACCUGCUGUUGGAACAGAAGUAAAAAUAAAAGAUGAAUGUGGUGCAUUAGAGAGCGUAAAAGCUGCAAGUGAACUGUACAGUCCUGCAUCUGGCAAAGUAGUUGAAAUAAAUUCUCAGGUGGAAUCAAAACCAGCAUUAAUAAAUCAAUCUUGUUAUGAAAAUGGAUGGCUUUUCAAAUUAGAACUAUCAUCUCUGGAAGAAAUAUCGAAUUUAAUGAAUGAAGAACAAUAUGCUGAAUUUAUUAAACAGGAUCACAGUUAGUUCUAAAAUAAAAAAUGUAUGAUCUGUUAGACAAAAUUUACUAAAUAUAGAAUGUUGUUUUACAUUGAUUAUUACUGUAUGUUUAACAAGUAGCUGAAGUAUAGGUGACUUCUGUAUAUAUUUUUUUAUUUUCUUAUUUAAACUUUGUUAAUAAUUUACUUAAGUUGUAUGCAUUUAUCUAAAUAAACUUAUAUAUUAAA